AUGCCUCGGCGAUUUAGUAGCAACUCCUCGAACGACACCUCUACCAACCCGCCAUCCUUUUCACCCUCGGGAAAGGGCGGGAUCUCUAUCAAGACCUCCACUGUCAAGUCAAAUCGCCUGUCACAGCUGUUCUCCGGCUCGCCAAAAUCGAAAAUCGAAGCUGUACAGUCUAGUGGGAACUCCCAACCUAACACUUCUUCUCCGCCGAUCAGUUCGGCCUCACUGUCCUUACCGACGAUAUCGUUAUCAACGGCCACUGCGGAUAACCCCAACAUGGACGAGCUGCCUCAAACGCUGUUCCAGCCCCCCACUCCGGAGGAGGCCCGUCGCCUGGCCAAGCAGCAUGCGCAAUUCGGUCCAAUCGGCCAUCCCAGCCAUCGCUAUUCCAGUCGACACCCUGGCGGUGUCUUCCCGGAACCCGUGAUGGACGAGCCGCCAUAUUAUUACCUGCUCACCACUUACAUCAGUUAUCUAAUUCUAAUUGCCUUCGGACAUGUUCGUGAUUUCUUUGGCAAGCGUUUCAGGGAAGAGAACUACCGCCAUCUUAAGCCUCGCCAUGGCUAUGGUCCUCUCAACAACGAUUUCGACAACUUCUACGUCCGUCGUCUGAAGCUCCGUAUCAACGACUGCUUCGAACGCCCCGUGACCGGCGUUCCCGGCCGCACCAUCACUUUGAUUGAUCGCGCCACUGAUGACCACAACCAGCAUUUCUACCUGACUGGUACCACCACCGAUACCCUCAACCUGAGCUCGUACAACUAUCUGGGUUUCGCUCAAUCCGAGGGUCCCUGUGCGGAUCAGGCGGAAGAUUCUAUCAAAAAAUACGGCAUUACAGCACCCAGCACGCGUGCUGAGUCUGGCACCCAGGAUCUGCACAUCGAGGUUGAGGAUUUGGUUGCUAGAUUCGUCGGCAAGGAGGCUUCCAUGAUGUUCUCCAUGGGUUUCGGUACCAACGCAACCAUCUUCCCUGCUCUUGUCUCAAAGGGAUGUCUCCUGAUAUCCGACGAGCUGAACCACGCAUCUAUUCGUUUCGGUGCGCGUCUUUCUGGUGCCUCCAUCGCUAUGUUCAAGCACAAUGAUAUGAGAGAUUUGGAACUGCGACUUCGCGAAGCCAUUUCUCAAGGCCAGCCCCGCACCCACCGCCCGUGGAAGAAGAUCCUGGUUGUAGUGGAAGGUCUUUACUCGAUGGAAGGUUCCAUGUGCAACCUUCCUGGUCUGGUACAAUUGAAGCGCAGAUACAAGUUCAACCUGUUUGUUGACGAGGCUCACUCCAUUGGAGCCAUCGGUCCCAAGGGUCGUGGCGUGUGUGACUACUUCAGCAUUGACACUUCCGAGGUCGAUGUUCUGAUGGGUACCCUCACAAAGUCCUUCGGAGCCAACGGUGGUUACAUCGCAGCAGACAAGGUUAUGAUCGAUCAGCUCCGCGCCACCAACCCAGGUGUUUACUACGGAGAGUCCCCCUCGCCCGCUAUCCUGAUGCAAAUUUCUUCCGCCCUGCGUAUCAUCAGCGGUGAGCUUGUCCCCGGCCAGGGUGAAGAACGUCUGCAGCGACUUGCCUUCAACUCACGAUACCUUCGUUUGGGCUUGAAGCGUCUUGGCUUCAUUGUGUAUGGUCAUGACGACUCACCCAUCGUUCCUGUUCUGCUUUUCAACCCUGCUAAGAUGCCUGCUUUCUCGCACGAGAUGCUGCGCCGGAAGAUCUCCGUCGUCGUUGUUGGUUACCCCGCUACGCCAUUGGUGUCAUCCCGCGCACGUUUCUGUGUGUCCGCUGCUCACACCAAGGAGGACCUCGACCGCGUUUUGACCGCUUGUGAUGAGAUCGGCAACGUAUUGCAGCUCAAGUUUUCCACUGGCAUUGCAGGCGGUGCUUUGCCUCCUACUGAGCAACCCACCCCUCUCCCAGAACUGGAGAAGGAACCGCAACACAAGCGCCAGGAGCACAUUACUCCUCCCCGCUGGCGCAUUGAAGACGUCAUCCGACGCGGAGUCCAAGAUGUCAAGUCUCCCUUGUUUUAA